AUGAAUCAUAAGGAAGAGAAUGAAACUUUACUCCAUUGCUAUGAGCACGACGAAAGUAGCAGCAAGUAAGACGUUGUAAGUACGGUUUCAUCUAGUUCUGUGUUUGAGAUAUUUCGUGAAAUCCGACUCCCACUAUGUUAUCGAUACGACCGACAGAAAAGAAAAAGCAAUAAGGAAAUGGCCGACAAUAGUUUCCGCGAUUCUGGUGGUAAGUUAGGAAUUUAAGUGAAUAAUUGACUUUAACGGAAAUAUUAUCAGGGCAUUGGAUGGCUUCUGAAUGAAAUCGCUCUAGCAUGGGUACAUGAACGAGUUCCAAGCGACUAUCAUCCACUUCCAGAUUUGUUUUUCUCUCAUUUCCCCGAGGUUAUCAAUCAAUCUUUUGCAAUUCAAAAAAAAAGAAUUUAGAUUCGCGGGGCAAUCAGAAUAGCAGAAUACAUAAUGAUAAUACUGCUAGUCAGUGCUCUAAUUGUUAUGUUCACCCAUCAGUAUCGAUGGAUAGUCGUCAGAAGAACAUUUUUUUGCAUCGCCAUGUCUUACACUUUCCGAGCACUUUGUGUUACGAUAUUUCAGGUCAGUUCAGGAUUCGAUCACUAGCAGCUUCAUGUAGUCAUUCUUUCCAACGGUUAUUUAUGGGCCGUCCCAAAUGUUCCCAGAUCAGAACUUCACCAAACCGCAGUUCUAAUUCAGAUUGGGGUAGUUCUUAUCUGGGAACGUUCUGAUUUCGGGUAGCCCUAUCAUUUCACCUUAUUUCAGGUUCCGGUUCCAUCCGUGAACACUUACUGCGCUCCCAAAUUGAACUCUUCAUUUGAGCUCGUGGCGAGCCGCGUUACAAAAAUGUUUUGGAGUGCAGGAAUAGAACAACUCCGCCCGAGAGAACUUUGUGGAGACUUGAUUGUAUCAGGACAUACUCUGACCAUUUUCACAGCAUUCUUAGUUUUCAAAACAUAUGCACCUCAACGGAUCCAGGUAUGCAUAUCAUUUUUUUUUAUUGUUCAUUCGUUUAUUUAGUAAGGAGAGAGAAAAGAGGCAGCACAGUACGAAUGGUUGAUAGGACUGUCCCUCACGAGACGUACCUAGGGAUUAGGGAAGAUAGGGAGGAUUAAUAUGGUAGAGGGGGAAUAAUAGGGCAAGAAGGAGAGAAAGUUAGAAACGGGUAAUGGAGCAGUCGAUUAAUAGUUCGAACUGGAGGGGGAGAGGAAAGCGGAGGUGUUGGUGACAAUAGAGUUCCAGAUGGGAACUUACUGAACACGAAUGCAGAUUUUACCAAAUUUCAGCCUUUGUCAUACGUCUAUCACAUACUAGCGUAUGCUGCAGUUUUUUCAAUUCUUUUGGCACGAAAACAUUAUAUGAUUGACGUGAUUCUUGGUUACACAGUGUCCACGAGGAUAUUCAUGGAAUACCACGCAUUGGCCGUUUCUUACCACAACCAAACUUUCGAGACGAAUCCACUUGGAUGGUAAACAAUAAUUAAUGGAACAUGAUCAGCUUGUCUUUUUUUCAGGUUUUCUUGGUCAUAUCUGAUUCCUUUCCUCGAAGAAGAUGCUCCCAGUAACUUUCACAACCAUAUGAUGCUCUACCGGUCCCCAAAAAACGUGUCUAAAAAAUCCCGAAGAUCUUUUGAAUAAACUUUUGUUUGCAUAAACAAUUUUUAACAUUUUUUCACAGCUCUUUCCACUUUUUUUGAAAAUCACACGAUCACCUCAUUCGGUCCAACUCUGAAAACUUGUUUUGCCUCGAGCAUUAGAAAAUCUAUUAAUCUACUGUAAAAAUCUAAAAAUUUACUGUAUUUGCAAUGUUUUUCAGUGUUAGUUUUUUUCGGUUUCUUCACGUCAAAAAUUCCAAUUUAACUAUUAAAAAAACGGUUAAAAAAAAAAAGAAACCGCAAAAAUGACAGUCUGUGUGAAGCAAGUGCGCUCUAUUGACAAGGCGCUUAGCAAAAAUUUUCCUUCGCAAUCGCGCUAAUAAGACACACUUUUCUAGAAACUACUAAAAUUGCGAUUUGAUUUAAUCUGACGAAGUUUUUGCAGGUGUCUCUGAUAUGAGUGAUACUCCUUCAUACAACCCGAAAGAUAGAAUCAAAAAUCAUCUAAAGCGAAAAUCAAGUAGCAGACAUAUAGAAUCUUCCCAAAAGUCAUGGUCAUUAUCAUCGUCAACCGUCCCGACGCCGCCGUUAAAUUUUGAUACCGAAGUCAAUACCGAAAGUUGUCCUGUGCCAAUAAUUUCCAAUCCUUUUAAAGUAAGUGCUGACAUAUCUCAUACACGUCUGACUUUUUUCAGCUUUCUUCGCCAUUGAAAAAAAGACGUCCGCCACAAGUAAAAUUUGCAGACGAAGAAAAUGCUCAAGAUUCUUUCAGUGUGAAUAUUGGAAGGUUGGGAACCUCUGUAUAUUUCAAAAAUCAUAAUUCCAGUUCAUUGAAGAAAUCAAAGAGGUAAUGAAGAUGAAUUUGAAAGUCCUGGGAAAGUUUCAAAAUUGAUGUGGCGAGAGAAUGUACAAAAUAACGAAUCAAAAGCAAUCAAGACUAAUUUAGACCGAUUUAGAAGCUUUGACCCUGUGAGCACGCCGAAAAACGUGAAAUGUUCUUUGAAAAUAAUUUUUCAGAGUGUUCUCAGAGAGUUUCAUGCAGUUGACUUCUCACAUAUGAUGAACAAAUCAACAUCCGAUGUCGCCGUGAUUCCUGAAAAUAAAUCAGAAGAAAGUGAAGAGUUGCCGCUGGAUUUCAGAAUGGGAACAAAGCUUCGAAUAAUUUCAAAAGUUCCCUUUCCAUGGAUGAACUCUAGGAAGACUACAGGAAGCGUAUCUGUCCGGAUUCCAGCAUCAGAAAGAUUUGACGGCAUGAAAUGGUUCAAUGAGAUGUACAUCAGUGGAACAGAAGUCAGGCUUGCAUAAUUAUUAAGGGUGCACAAAACACUUUUGCGUAUUCAGAAUCCCACAGUCACGCCACCACUGUCGGACCUUUCAGUUUUCGAAGCCGCAACACUUUAUUGGCAGUUUCCUGUUAUUCCUGGAAUGUCUCUGUAUCCACGAAUAGCUUCUGAUCUGAAAUCUAUCGAUAGGGUUCCUAUGGCGCCACUUGCCACUACGACAAUGUCUAAUCAAUGGGUCGAGUGCUACGAACAACUUUUCAUGUCUUACAAAAAAGGCGAAAGGGACUCUUUCUAUGUUGCUUCAGCUGUCUUCAAUGUUUUGUUCACAAAGACGGCAGUUUCUGAUGAAAUGGCUGCAGAAACAACCGAAGAAUCGCACUCUUGUUUUCAGUCGUUCAGCGGCCAGAGAAUGGUAGCGCUAAUAUCUCACACGACGUCGUCCACUCGAGAGCACUUGAGGAAUCAAGGUUUUUAGUGAUACGAAAACAGGGCUGACCCCGGCGAGGUGUUUGCAAAAAGGCUACUGGCAUUUUGAAUGUGGAAGCGCUCUACCGCAAACCACGUGAAUUCAGUGCUAAUGGGGUUAUUCAGUGAUGUCAAAAAAUGGAAAAGAAUGUCAAAAAAUGGAAAAAAACAGUGCAAUCGUUGCGUUUCUUUCCGUUUUUUUCCAUUUUUCGACAUCACUGAAUAGCCCCAUAAUUUGGAAAAAAAGCUUAAAAAAAAGGAAGAAAAAAAAAGGUCGUGGCCGGGUUUUCACGGGGAUUGGGGUAAAACGCGUUCACAUUAAAAUGCCCCGGUCGGAAUUAAGACAAUUUGAAUCUGAAAAUAGACACGGCGCUAGAUUUCGACGUAAAACAUUUCAAAAAUACGAAAAAGUAAACAUCACUGACUGGUUCUUAUGCCAAUUUACAAUUUCUUCCAGGUGUUGACUACGAAAUUAUCGGGGCGAAGCAGAUGAAAAGAAUAAACAGUUCUUCCAUUCUGAAUACAUUUGCUGACGAGGACUUUUCAUCAGGAGAGAAUUCAAUAAUUAAACCACCUGAAAACGAGGAAAAAAAUCGGGAAACAAUUGAUAUUUUUAAAAAAGAAAACGAAAGUAGCGAUGAGAAUGACAGUCCCACUAAGGCUAACCAACAGUGGCUCAAGGAUGUCGGAGUUUCUCCGCGAACCAUUAAAGGAACAUUAAGAAGGUGUGCUUUCAUAGUUGCAUUUUGCUGGUCUGAGCCGUAGAAAAUGGGCAUUUAAUUCGGAGGGUACAAAAAUUAGGGGGUACAACAGGGUACAAAUGGUUUUGGGGUACAACUUACAUGGUUUUGGGGUACAAAAAGUCGAGGGUACAAAAUUUUCGAUUCUGGGGUACAAAAAUUUACCGAUUCAGUAGGCAAUGAUUUAGAGGUACAACUUUUAUGAUUUAAGGGUACAAAUUUCACGAUUUUGGGGUACAAAAGUUGCACGAAGCACAUUUUCGAAGUUUUCAUUCCAGUUUUGAAUUUUUGAGAGCUCACGAGACACAGUCGUGUGUAUCCAUGCUUUGUUUUAUGCAGUAUUUUGUGUCAUUUCGAGAAAAAAACUUUACUUGGGUAAAUUUCACACACAACAUCAGAUGAUGAAAUUCUGCUGUGAAAUUGCAGAAUUUAAAGGGGCCAAAACAGCAAAAACAACUUGUAAGUAAUAUUAUAGGGGCACCGAAUAGAAAGGACGUUCUGUUCGCAAUCUGGCCGAAUUUCUAGUCCGCGAAGUAAUUUUUCCACUGAAAAACGUGGCCUAACUUUUUCAAACUCGGCCCCGAGCUCACUCAAUUUGCACUGCAAAAAAAGUUUAUUAAUAGAGCGCCCUUUCUGUUCGGUGCCCCUAUAAUAACAAAGGGGUCGCCGUUUGAACCACUGUCUAUCGGAAGCAAAAACGCUUCGAAGGGUCAUGAAAUCUCAUUUAAAAAAACAUCUCUGGAACUUAUCAAGCGAUUCGGAGUACAAAACAUUCACGGAGUAAAAAAAUUUUGUGAAACAACUAAAAACAUUCACUGAAUUGAUGCCCAUGAAAAAAUGGGGAAAAAAUUGUUGUACCCCAAAAUCGUGAAAUUUGUACCCUUAAAUCAUAAAAGUUGUACCCCUUAAUCAAUGCCUACUGAAUCGGUAAAUCUUUGUACCCUAGAAUCGAAAAUUUUGUACCCUCGACUUUUUGUACCCCAAAACAAUUUGUACCCUGUUGUACCCCCUAAUUUUUGUACCCUCCGAAUUAAAUGCCUAGAAAAUGUUAGCAGUACUGUUUACUGUUGAAAAAAAAGUUGACAAAAAAAAAGGGACACGCCCCCCAAACAGUUUCCACUGCAACUGCCGCAUGCUAUUUUUGGGGCGUUUCCUUGGCUCGCUGCCAACUCCGAUUCUAAUGUCGAAACUUUUUUUCAACAGUAUUCGACAUUAAUUUAUUUUCAGAAAACUGACGACCCAUUUUCCAGACCGAGAGAGUAUAUCCUGUCUUCUUGUAAAAGUAUGGUCGAAAGUGUUCUAAGAAAUACAUAUUUUUCAGGGUACUGCGGUGCAAUCACUUUACAAUACUCUGAUGUCUUCUGACAUUGUGCAUGAGAAAACCGGACCGUACACAAAGAUUCCACCAACGCUGAUCGCCACAUCUCCAUUUCUUUUUGGACAACUUCUCAGUUUGAAUGUAAUACUAUUAUCUCGAUACCAGAGAAUACGGCCGCCGGAUCCUAGGCCACGCGGGUCUCGACGCGAAGAGACGCGUAAAUUGACAUGAGUUUUUAAUUUUUUUUUCCCUAAAUCAAUGCAAUGCAGCAAAAAAAAAACGACGAAAAUUUAUUGAAAUCGCACUGUUUUCGAGAAAAUUUUUUAAAGAAAUCAUGUUGAUUUACGCGUCGACCAGCGUGGCCGAGUGUAGGGAUGCAGAACAGGCGCCUGUUUUUUCAGGCGCCUGAAAAACAGGCGCAUGUUUUGUCAGGCGCCUGUUUUGCAAAUAGCGUGUGUUUUACAAAACAGGCGCAGGCGCCUGAAAUCGCCUGUUCUGCAUCCCUAGCCGAGUGGUCUAGGAUCCGUAUAAAUAAUACAGGACUUUUGAACCAAGCUCACGCGCUUUUUUGCAGUUCACGUUUUCACGUUUUUUCGUAACAACUUUUAUAAAUCAAAAAGCAAGUGUUCAUCGUGGCAGAGAGGCACUGUAAUCGGACUGAAUGGAAGUGAUUUCAACUUUGCAGAAAACAUCCCAAGUCAUCAGUAAAGCAAGAUCGAAGUUCUCAGAGUAUGUUAUAGAACUCGAUGGAGGACCAAUACUUCCUCAUUGUGCAAAAACGGUAUUCCUAUACAUGUGCAAUCUAUUCUGAAAAUACUUUUUUUUAGAUCAUCACAUUCCUGCGCAGAUCACAAUUGUGCGCGGAAGCUGUUGUGUUACAAGUCUCCGAUCGUCACACUAGUAAUGGGAUGAACGAGUGGACAGAGCGAGCGACGAACUGGAAUUAUGCUCAAGUACUCCCAAAUUCUAUCAAGUGGACAAAAAGCGUCAAUUAACCUCGUGGAAAAUGAUAAUUGAACCUUGCUAUUUAUAACUUUACGUUUUUUCUAAGUAAAUUAUUGUUUCUAUGCGGAAGUGACCAGGAAUCUUUGUUUGUCACAAAAGCGACUAGUGAUACUAUUCUCUUCGAAUAGUCCCGGUGGAUACGAUUUGGAUGCAGACAGGCAUGAUUGCCCUUGGAUGAUCUCCGCGCAUCAUCCUUUCUCAAAUGGGGGCCGUGACCUCAAUUCAGAGAAUUCCCUUUUCUUCUCCACAUUAUCAUCGUACACUUGGGAAUUUGCAAUUGAAUAUUUGAACUCCGAACAAAUGCUUCGGAAGAAUGAUCUUUGAAUGCCUCCGCUGAUGUGUGGAAAAGAAAAAGCUGUUUCUUCUUCUCUUUGUCAUUGUUCCCAUUUCUAGCCGCUUAUAUGUUGUUUCAUCCCGUCCUGCCUGAAGGUUUUUAUCCAUUUCCAUUUUGGCCGAAACACUUCACCUUCUCGUCAGUUUCAAACCCUAUAACUCGAUAAAUAAACAAAAGCUCCGAAUAGUCACUGUGACGUGUGUUCCAAAAAAUACUGGAUAAGCGGGACUUUUGUCUCACUUUCCACUCAACGCACUGAUAAAAAUCUUGUUUUUCUGUGCUACUGUGACGAACACUCUAUCCGCGUUUCCUCUUCUUCUCUUCACUCGGAUCAUCAUUCGCAAUUAUCGUGAUCCGUGUGUUUCUUCUUCGUGAUGUCAAUAUGCCAAUUGUUUCUAAUUAUUCUUCCGAAAAAACGCUUAUGGCAUUGCAAAAGCAAUUGUUCAUCUUUGAUAAAAUAGAACUUGUCCCGUUUUCGUUGCGAAACUGUUCAGUUUAGAGAUCGUCUUUGUCUCGUAUUUUCACCAUUCUAAACCUGAGAUAGAUUCUUUAUAGGCAUGAUCCUCUUACUUUUUUCCCUAUUCGUUGGCGCCAUUGCACAGAAUCCACUGACAAAGGCGUGGAACGAAGCCGUGCCAGGUGUACAGCCGUUCUGGGAAAAGUACCAAACUGGUCCACAUGGAGUAGUUAUCAGAGGUUGGCAGUUUAGUAGAUGCGCCAGUGAACAGGUAAUUGAAGAAAAUAGGAAUCACGAAUUUGAAUUUUUUCUUAUGUUCAGUGGACAAAUUACGUAGUGAAUGUGUCAAACAUUGUUAUCUGGCCUGAUUAUCCGAGAUUCCCGGGACCAAUAUUCUUUAAUGUGACCAUGGAUGUUAGUGAAGAUCUACCCUUGGACAAGAUUGAGAUGGAUCUGGAAGUCCGUCACGCAGUCACAAACAAGCAAGGCUCGAAAGGAUGGCAGGUGAUUCCAUGUCAAGGCUGGAAUAUUAUUGAUGGAUGUGAUGGAGUUGGAUCAUGGUAAUUUGUGUCCUACGUCUUUAUCAGGCCUUCGUUGAAAAUGGGAGUCGUUGAGGUUUUCUCAAGUACAGAGUUUUUUGAGAUAACUGUACAUCACGGGGUCGUGACUGGAACAUUGGAAAUGAAAAUUUGAAUUUCCGCCAACGGUCGAUUGCGUAGCGCCCUUAUGCUUAAGCAUUAGUCCAAAACAAAAUUUUUGAAAAGUUAAUUAGAGCGCACUUGCGCCAAUGUUCGCCUCCACGACUCCGUGUAUAUUAUUCUUUGAAAUGUUCCCACUGUUCCUCUCUUUAUUCAAUGGAAAGUCGAUAGAGCUUAUAACACAAUUACAAACUCAUAACUUUGCAGUCGAUACUGUGAUAUGCUUGAUAAGUGCAAUGAGGCGGUCAGUGGAGCUCACAAAUAUGUGAAAGAUAGGAAAGCUCUGGAUUUCCUGAAGCAAAACAAGUUGUGCCCACCACCAAAAGGACAUUGGACUAUGACAUUCUCGAAGGUUUUCAGUUCUGAAGAUCUACCAAAAUCUUUCUUCGGACCACUUCAAUCGGUAACCAACCUUCUAGACCCGUCACUGAAAAAAGAACUUACAUGUUUAGAAUGAGUACUGGCUAACAUUCUCGUUCACCGAUGGAAAAGAUAAGAAAUUGGGAUGCGCCCGUUUGUGGGUCGACGUUUGCAAAUACCAUCUACAGGACAAGUCGCAAAAGUGUCUGCGUGAUCCAAACGCUUUCAAGAAUUUUAUUAACGAAAUCUCAUCUCAAGCAGAACAUAUUCGUAAUAGGAACGGAAACGGCAGAUAA